AUGCCCCCCAAAAAGGGUAAAAAGUUGAAGAAGAAGGUUAAGCUUCAGGUACCACCCCAAUAUGAGGAGCAAAUUUCGAAGGAGCCUGUCUCCGACCCUCCCACGAGCCAACAAUCAAUUACAUCGCUCCCAAUUUCGGUAGUAGAAGCCGCUUUAGCCGUUGAGGAGUCGCCUGAGGAGGAUAUUGUAACAUUUGGCGCCGAGGCACUCAACCGUCUGUUAUCCAUGCGACACCCCCAACAGAUAGCGGCUGACCUUACGAGGUCUCUUUCAUCACUCCGCCAACGGUUAGCGCAGCUGGAGAUGGAGUGGUUAGGCUUUGAGAGCUCUGCGGUCGGGUCAACAUACGCCUGCCGUGCGCGGGACCAAAAGGAUAAGUUGGAGCAUGAGGUUCGUAAAACCGAAAAGAUGACGCGUCAUUUGAUCCUGUUAGGACGUGUCUUGGAUCGUAUAUUCGAACUGCGAACAUCCGUUUUUGACACCGAGCGUACUGCAAUGGAGGCGGAAGUGGAGGAACUGACGAAGCGUGUGGAGAAGAAUGAUGAGGAGAUACGUUCUUGCUACAUCAAUCGCAUUAGCUUACUCCACCGCUACUGGGUAUGGCGUACUCUUCAGGAACUGGGGGAUAUGACUGUUGGACGCACGUUUGCUGAGGAACUGGCGCGUGGUCCUCGCUACCGUAGCAUCGCUAUACAGAACAGAAUACUUUCCGACACACUAGAACGGCAACUUGAGUGGUUGCAACGCUUUUUGGAAAAGGAGGAGGUCUUCUGCGGUCGGGUUCGACAGUUAGAGCGCUUCGUGGAGGAGUUCACCGACAUGAAUGAUGCCUUAGAGGAGGUGCUCACAUGCCGUGUGUGUAACUUGCUGUUUGAGGAUCCUGUGGUCUUCUGGCCAUGCGGCCAUUCCUUUUGUCUCCAGUGCUUUGAUUCUCUCAGUGUCGCCCCCAGUUUGUUCCGCUGCCCCUUAUGUGGCAGUAUGGGAAGUGAGGGAUAUGUGCACAAUUUGCUACUCUCCGAAUCUGUGGCAAAAUGGAUGUUUAAGGAUGCUUGCUACGCAGACGUGCACGGAGCGCUUAGUCUUGUCCGUCUUCACCUCUCGAAGUUUCGAAGGAACAUCAUAUCUUCCCGUAUGGAGCAGUUGGAGGAGCGGUUAACGGCUGAGCGUGGACGGGAACUGGCAUCAGAUACAUUAGACGACAUGGAUAUUGUGUAUCGUGCAUACUAA